UGACCCGGCUCGCCUAAGCUGUGCUGUCCGCUUUGGGGACGGUGGGCUCGAACCCGGGCGGGCAGAUGCAGGGUGCAGAGGUCGACCCCGCCCUCGCCGCAGUCACGCGGCAGGUCAGCGGUCGCACCGCCCCAGCCACAGUCCCGAGCGGCCCAGAGCGCGGGCAGCCCCUGGCUGCAGCGGUGGCCGAGCUGCCCGUGCUGGACGCCUCCGGGAGGCAGGUGCCUUUCGGCGCGCUGUUUCGGGAGCGUCGGGCUGUCGUAGUCUUCGUGAGGCAUUUCCUGUGUUACAUUUGCAAGGAAUACGUAGAAGAUCUGGCCAAAAUCCCCAAGAGUUUUUUACAGGAAGCAGAUGUCGCUCUAAUAGUGAUUGGACAGUCAUCCUAUCAUCAUAUCGAGCCUUUCUGCAAACUGACUGGGUAUUCUCAUGAAAUCUAUGUUGACCCUGAGAGAGAAAUUUAUAAAAAAUUGGGAAUGAAAAGAGGUGAAGAAAUUGCCUCCUCAGGAAACAGCCCCCACAUAAAAUCGAAUAUACUCUCAGGAAGCAUUCGGAGUCUGUGGAGAGCAGUGACUGGCCCUCUUUUUGAUUUUCAAGGAGACCCUGCUCAGCAAGGUGGAACCCUCAUCUUAGGUCCAGGUAACAACAUCCAUUUUAUACACCGUGAUAAAAAUAGGUUGGAUCACAAACCCAUCAACUCUGUUUUACAGCUUGUAGGAGUUCGGCAUGUGGACUUUACAAGCAGACCUUCAGUCAUCCAUGUGUGAUGGUAUAGACUGUGGACCCUUGGAAUAUGACCUGAAACGUUCAGAGUAUGGUAUCCUUGUGCAAUGGCUAGCUUUUUGGCUUUUCCCAGCCUUUGAGGAGUUCUGAAAACACGAAGAGACUGUGUACCUGUUAUUUUGUGCUAGGAGGCAUCAGCUGUCAAAAACGUGAUACAUAUUUCUAAUUCUGUAGCUUUUAAAAUUUUAUGUAAAAUUAAAGUUUGUUUAUAUAAAACUUUAAAAGCUAUAAAAUUAGAAAUACUAUUCUUUAUUUUACAUUAUGGUAUAUCCAUUAAAUGAAAGUUUCUGUUGGCCAUUAAAAUAAUAAAUUCUUUGAAGAACAUAUAAAUGGAAAGGUAAGCAACUCACCACCAUUUUAUCCAGUGAAAAAAAACAGGAUAUCAAAUUCUAUAAAUAAUAUAAUCUUUUUUUAAAAAUUAACAUAUAAGGUAUUAUUAGCUCCAGGGGUACAGUCUGUGAAUAUAAUCAUUUUUAUAUGUUUAUAUUUUUGUAUGCUUAGGAAAAAAGAGAAACACACCAGAAUAUUGCCAGGAGGUACCUCUAUGUGGUAGGAUUACAGGUGUCUUUAUUGUCUUUUCCAUACUUUUAUCUCUGAACUAUUCUAUAAUGAGCAUGAUUCAUUUUUUUUGCCAGGAAAAGUUCUUUAAAAAUUAUAUGAAGAAUAUAUUCCUACAUAACAAGUUCCACAAAGCUGCAUUUAUAUGGGCCGCCGUCCACAUGUUUCUAUCCUUAUUGCUUUACUCAAAGGAAAUAUAGCAGACCAAGCCUUCUGCAUAUCCUAUGUUCAGAGCACCUUGCACAUCCAUUUCACUAGGAUUUUUGAGGGGAGGAGUAAAAGGAGAAAAAAAAUUUCUUACGUAUUUAAGAUAUGCUUCAGUAUGCUUUUUGAAAGAAUUCUAAGAAUUGUUUAAACUAAAAAAGCUUUAUAGCUUAAAUGUACACUGGUUUGGCUCCCAGAUUGCUUUUGUUUAGUGUACUGUUGUCGUCUUUUAUAGGUUUAGUUGGGAAAAAAUUCUUUUGAAAAGUACAGUAAGAUCAAAAUCUUGGUAAUUAUUAGCAAGUAUGUACUGCUUUAACUUAGAAGCUUUUAUAUCAGGCAUAUGAGGUCACACACAAUUAUAUUUCAAGUAUCCAAAUAUUCUAAUGUAUGUUUGUAAAAAAUCAUGUUUUUAAUCAAUAAAAAUGAAACGUCUCAUGACAUUUAAAAUUAAA